AUGCUUGUGGAUAGGAAAAGAGCCUCUAUUCACAAUCUGGGUAAUUUGAAGUUGGCCUUACGACAAGAACGGAAAAGGUUGGGUACAAAGUAUGCAGGUCAUUUAGUUAGAAGUGUGUCAAGAAGAUCCCGGAUAACUAUAGAUUCCAAGGGCGAUCCAACGCAAAACGGUAAAUCAGCCAUGUUGAUAUUACGAGAUGUGCCUUUUGAUUUAAUUGAGGGACAAGCACACAAAGCAUGGCCGACUGAGAUUGAGCUGCUUCUGUGGGAGGUUCCCACGUACCUUGAUUUAAUGCAAGCUUAA